CCUGCUACUAUACUCACAGAUCGCAGGAAGACCUUUCCCGCUAUUCAUGUUCUGCUUAGCGGAAUGGUAGGCUCCCUCAUAAGCCAUCUUGUCCAGUGACACUCUCACUACCGUUCCGCCCGCGCGACCCUCCUGGAUUGGAGCUGAAACUGCUAUGGAGAAGCUCAAGAACAAAUUAUUGCAACAUCACAGGCGAUCCCGUCAAGUCACUCCGACGCCAAACAACUUCCGGCAAUGGGCCGUAGCAUUUAUCGUAUGUAACUUCAACGUGGAUGUUGGCCCAGAGAUCGAGAUAGUAUAUCCACCCAACACGCAGUUCUCUACUAGCGAUCUCUCCGCCAUCUGCUUCAAUAGCUUUCCCGAACGUCAGGAUACCGAGACUGCAGCGGAUCUGACCUUUCAUUUCACCAUCCCCAACAACUCUCCUGAUAUAUCGCUGGAUUCCCCCUGCUCGCCACAUGGUAGCGCCACCGAAUUCUACGGAAACGCAGUUUUCCGCCAAGAAUAUGACCAUUCUAUGAAGCGAAGUUUCAACCAACGAACACUGGUUAUGAUUACGACUCAUGAAUUCCCUGCAUUCUUCAUCCACCUUCUUAAGGAGAUGACAUCGUCUGGUGUUAUCAGUGAUCCGACCGCUCUCGAGACUGCACACAAUCAGAUGCUCACAUGGGCUCCCCCUUCGCUGGGCAAACAUGAACUCCCAUUCAUGGGUUCCAUGUUGACACUUGAGAUAACCCCACAUCCCGCAUUUCCUCUUCAGGGACUCGUAUCUACAAGACCAACCAUAUCAGCCACUGGAAGGGCCCCCUCCAUCUACGCUUACGAACCACUUGGGACCUGGGAAAACAUUAUGCAAUUCAUGCCAUGCUUGUCCGAUCUCGAUGUCGUUUACGAGAAAUUGCUACUGUGCGAAAGUAUAAUCGUGCUUGCCAAGAGCCCACAGCUUUGCAGUGAAGGCGUAAGUGCUCUUGUCGACCUAAUUCGGCCAAUUCCCUAUGCCGGAGAGGUCAAGCCAUAUAUGACCAUGCAAUCCGAGUUUCGGUCCAUUGGUAUCGACGGGGGAACACCUCGACCGUUCAUUAUUGGAAUUACGAAUCCUUUCCUUUUGAAACGCGUCUUGGGUGCCUCUGAGACCAGCAAUCGCAGUAAACCACACGUGCUAUAUCUCCACGCCUCCGAAGAUCCGGUCCCAAUAAAGAGACAUCGUUCCAUGCACCACCGCAACCAAAGUUUUGACAUGCCGGGAGGCAUCGAUUCCCAGACUGUGUCCAAAAGAUUCGUCAAAAGCGACCGCACCUUCGUACAGACCGUAGAUACACUGCUAAGAAGCAGCCCGGCAAAUCAUGAGCUCUCGUCCCUGAUCCGCCGACACUAUGCCGAGUUGACGGCUCAAUAUCUCGCACCAGUCAACAGGUACCUCGCCACCAGCGCGUCCACCAACUUCACCUCUCCGGGAGGAGACUACCGUUACGCCAACUUUUCCGAAGCCGACUUUCUCUACAGUCUCUCCAAGCACGGCAGCUCUAUGAAGUUCAGGGGACAAAGCCCAAUGCAGAGACAUAAAGCACGCGACAACCUAUACGAGAGUUUCUGCCGGUCUCCAAACUUCUACUCUUGGCUCGAUAUGAAGCUAGGUCUCGAGAAAGAAGCCUCGGCAGGCCUGCUUUCUGCUACGCCUGUCCAGGCUUCGCCAGCCCAAUCUACCGGAUCGCUCUAGAGCAGCAUCACACAACCUCAGCCUGUACAUCUUGUACACGAGAAGGCCAACUAAUCCCAUCUCCAGUCUCGAAUACCUACUUUGAGCUGGCUCUAUCGGCCCGAGGCUGUGGAAUAGCUCCUCGCUGUUUGGGGAGCUU